ACAGAGUUUGUCUCCAGGCAGAGACAAGCGCUGGGGGGACGGAGGAGAGCGACCCGUCCGAUCCUGGCACAGCGGAGGAGGAGGCCGAGGAGGAGCUCCACCCUCCUCCACAUCCUCUUCCAAUCUUCCCCUCACUUCCAAUCAGCGGAGCAGCAACGCCUCGAGACAGCCUACCCCCCGCAGCAGACCAUCCCACCCCCAGCAGAAUCACAUGCAGCAUCCGCCUCAGUCCCAGUACAGGAAUAAUGAAUUAAACGCAAAUCAGAUGUACCCCAGAGAACGACCGGGCCCUAAAGCUCAGUGUGAGCCUACAGGAGACAGGGGAGUGGUCAGCAGGGGGGGACGUGGUGGUGGGAGAGCGCCCUCUGUGCUAGUUGAGGACAUUACAUUCAGCCAAGGAGGCUCUAAGGAAGCGGACCCCGGGGUUGUAACGACGUCACAGCAGGGUGGUUACCCGUCUGCGUCUCUGAGACGACAGCAGCAGGAACAACGAGGGAGUGGCGACAUGUCUUCCUCUUCCUCCGACCCCCCCCAACAUUCGGCACAGACCAAUCGGGAAGCCUCCCCCCCUGCAGAGCGGCCGGUGGAACGUAAAUCUUACUCGGCGGCCCGCAAGACUCGCUCUCGGCCCUCCGACCUGGGCAGUAAACAGCCGUCUGUGGAGGAUUCUGCUGCCGGAGGGAACUCCUCCUCCCCCGGAGACGUGGGGGUGAAGAGUUGGUCGGGGGAAGGCAACGGGCCGAGUCAGGCGGGAGGAGGUGGCGGGCUGGGGGAGCAGGUACAGGAAUUGGCUCGGCUCAGUCUGGUAGGACAGAGCUGGAGCCCCAACCCAACGUCGUACUUCCGCUCCGAAAUGAGGGGCCUCCCCACCAUGCACGUCCCGGGCAGCCCGCCUCAGUUCUCCAACAUCGAGGAGAUCGGUGUUGGCUCAAACAGGGCCAAGCGAUACUCGUCCCAACGUCAGAGGACCGUGCCGGAGCCGGCACCGCCCAUGCACCUGGGCGUGAGGGAGGGACACUACUAUGAACCCAUGUCGUACCAGGGACCAAUAUAUGCCCAUGGGGAUGGCCCCGCCCCCAUCCCGCCGCAGAGCAUGCUGGUCCAGCCUGAGAUGCACAUGCCCCACCCCGGUCUCCAUCCACACCAAUCAGGCGGCCCGAUUGCUAACCCCGCCCUCUAUGGAGGCCCACCAGUUUCUCUGCCUCCGCCGCCAGGGCAACCUCAGCAGCUGCUGCCUCCGCCAUUUUACCCACCGCCGGGGGUCAUGACCUUCCCGUACCCCACCAUGUACCCGACUCAACAGGCCCAGGUGUACGGCGGUGUGACGUACUACGACACCAUGCAGCAGCAUGCCCAGCCCAAGCCCUCGCCCCCCCGCCGCACCUCGCAGCCAGUCACCAUCAAGCCCCCCCCUCCGGAGUUACGCUUCGCCUCAGAGUGACACCACUCCCUCACUUCCCCCCCUAGCCAACCAGUCUCAGCCUCACUCCCAUCGGAACACUACAGGUGAGUCACUUCCUUUAAGUUUU